AUGAGUGUGGCACGCUCAUCCGAGUGCCUGUUGUGCUCGUUCUCAAAGACUUCUCGUGCAGGCACAUCUGCUCGACGCCAAUUCCAUUCUUCCUCUGUCCAACACAACCGCAAACCACGUUUCCCUAGUGUCAAGCAUAACGACCGCAAAGCACCUACUCACCCACUGUCCUACCUGAAGGAUCGCGCCGACAAGUUCUUCGCUGAAGAUGGAGCUGCCCCGGAGAGAUAUUCUCCACAGCAACGUGCUGCCAUCGAAGCAGCCAAGAAGUUUGGAACCUUACAACAUAUAAAGGACUCACCAGGCCGCAUGCGUGCCGAGCCAUGGACCAUGGACUACUUUGACGACUUGACAACAAUAGAUCCAGUUAUCGACAAGCCUGUGCGAGCUCCUUGGACCAAUAUUGACGAUGCUCAGCGCAUGAAGGAUGAAGAUGAGAUCGCAGAGGAUUUUAUCGAAGAGGCAAUGAAAAAGACAAGCCUGGAGACCUGGGUUGACGAAGAUGGCGUGGAACACCUGGUUCCUGGCGCGGGAGAGAACGAGUGGAUGGAGUUCGACAAGAACCAACGCUUAACCACAGGCCGAGAAGAGUCCGAGCUCGCACCACGAUCCGCUCUUGCUCCGGACCUACCCAACCUCUCAGAGCGCAAGAAGCUACCCAAAGAGGCCAGAAGCAACAAGACGGACGAAGAAGGCCAAGCGUUUCUGGCGCAACGAGAAGCUCCUUCUCCAGCCUUGGUGGCAUUGAUGCAGAUGACCGGCUACAGCAGCAAAGAGAUCUCACAACUCCGAGUUAAGACCAUCAUCUUCCAUUCAGUCACCAACCAGACACGAUUGGGAAAGAUCCGUCGGGCUUACAUGUUGUCUGUGGCGGGGAACGGCAAUGGAUUGAUAGGUAUUGGUGAAGGCAAGUCGAUGGAAAUGUCCGAUGCCAGACUACAAAGUCAAUACCGUGCGAUCCGCAAUAUGCAGCCCAUUUUGCGGUAUGAGGAUCGAACCGUCUUCGGGGAUCUCAAGGCCAAAUUCAGUGCCACAGAACUAGAACUGUACCCCCGCCCUCCAGGAUUUGGACUUCGCUGUCAACAGUACAUCUGGGAAAUCUGCAAAUGUGCUGGCAUCUCAGAUCUUGCUGCCAAGGUCCAUCGUGCCAGAAACCCGAUGAACACGGUCAAAGCGACGGUCCAGGCGUUGUUGAGCCAAAAGGAUCCCGAAGAUAUUGCCAGAGGUCGUGGCAAAAAGUUGGUGGAUGUUCGGAAGGUGUAUUAUGCUGGACUCACAUAG